AUGCCAGCGAAAAAGCAGACAACUAAUGACCAGCAAACACCGUCGAAAACACUGUUUCUCAUUCGUCAUGGUCAAUCGCUUGCCAAUCGUGAUUAUGACGAAUCUGUCGCCUAUCGAGAUGCUGGCUUAACAGACCAAGGCAUUGCUCAAGCCAGAGCUUUACAAAAGCAACUCGAAGCUCUACAAAUUGAUCUUGCUGUGGUCAGUCCGUUAACACGGGCAUUGCAAACAUGUCAAAAUGCACUACCACUGUCAUAUACCGGACCAAUUCUUGUCCUACCUGAAAUAACUGAAAUUUGCUCCUCGCAUUAUAGUUGCGGACAGAAACGUAGUGUAGUUCAACCCAAAUUUCCAGCCUCGUUCGAUUGGACCAAUGUUCCGGAAGAUGAAAUCUGGUGGUGGCAGUAUGAUAGGAAGCGUUGUGGUGAGAGCAAUGCUUACCAAUCGGCACGAAUGGAAAAAUUUCGUCGUUUCAUUCAAGAACGACCUGAACAACGCAUCGCAGUUUUCUCACACGGUGAUUACCUAUGGGAACUCUUGGAAGGCAAAUGUCCUUAUCCAGCUAACUGUCAAGUGACUACGUACAAGAUGUGA